CUGUUCUCUGACUGCCUCUGACCUAUGAACCAGCAAAACACAGGGUCUGGAUGUGCAUAAAUUCGCCUUGUUACUGUAUCAUUUUCUGCAAUGUCAUUUGCAUAGGAAACCACCACACUAACCAUGUGUCGUCUGUAACUUAGCGUCGGAUUCGGAGGGACAAGCAGGCAAUCCUGUCUAUACAUCUCUAGCACAAGGCUCAAGCUGGACUGUCACACAAACACUCCUAAAAACACCAGGAAAUUCUCCUAUGAUGGAUUACACAUUUUCACGCUUAAAACAAUCUGGACCCAAUGCAGAAGUAGCAUAAGAGUCCAUUGACGGCCUUCUUGAAUCUAGAUAAUGGAGCAGCCUAUUAAAGAGGUUGUGGGAGCUCCAAAAGGUUCGGAACCUAUCCUGAUGGAGAAGACAAAUAAUGACUUUGUGAUUACAGUUCCAAGGGUGAAUGAAACCCAAUUGACAGCAGCAACAGGAGGAGCAGAGCUCUCAUGUUACCGCUGCACCAUACCAUUUGGAGUGGUUAUACUAAUAGCAGGGGUGGUCGUCACUGCUGUGGCUUACAGUUUUAAUUCUCAUGGAUCCAUUAUCUCUGUAUUUGGGCUGGUCCUUCUGUCUUCUGGACUUCUUUUGGUAUGCUCAAGUGCCCUGUGCUGGAAAAUCAGGCAGAGGAAAAAGAGAACAAAAAGGAGAGAGAGUCAAACGGCCUUGGUGGCAAACCAACGGAGUUUAUUCACUUAAGAAACAUGUAAAGAACAUGUAGAAUGAUAAUGCUUAAUUAGCUUGGAUCUGCAAAAUAAGUUGUGAAACACAGUCCACAAGUUUGGAAUUCUAUCAUGCUGGAAUGAUUUGUUGGAAGAUACCAUGGGACAUGGAUAAGUUAUAUGAUACAAACUAGUCCAGCAGUGAAGCAGCCUAGCACCCCUUGAUCAGGCAUGUAAUGAACCAGUCUAGAGUUCCCUGUCUAAGCAACAGUUUCUUAAAUGUUUAAGAUUAAAAUACAUAAACUAAAUUGGUCACUAAUUCAUAAUCUGAAUAUGCAUCAAAAAUACAGUUCAUGCAUAACGGGCUUACUGCAUAUGUAUAUGACCUGUAACUGUAUAUGGUAUUUGUCUCACCAGAAAAAUGGGUAUGAAAGUGUAAACAUAUAGGGCAGUAUAGUGUAACAAUAUUAUAAUGGGUAAGGGGCCGAAUCAUCUGAAUAAUCUAUAAUGAUUUAGAUCAAUAUUGCCAAGUUCAUGCCAUUUUUAUGCAAUAAGCAGUCAGAUUUUUGGAUUUCCUAUAUUUCAUUGGAUUUUCUUAGUUUGUUUCAAUCUGUUAGGCUGCUAUGGCUCUGUAUGGGUGAGUUGUCAUGAAAAUAGCUUGAGUUGGUAUUACUAUCCAUCGGUAACCGAGUUCCAAAUGCUUAGAAUAAAGUAUGUUUUAUCUGUAGGUGCUCACUUCUAUGUAAGAUGUAUGUUAUAUCAGCUGGUGCUCACAUCCAUGGCCUGAAAUGAUGAAACCUCCUGAACACUUGUAUUAGUACUGCUAAACCAUUAUACCACUUCCAACACCACAUGAUUGGAAAAAAGAAUAUUAUUUUAAGCCAGGGUUGCUACCUCUGCCGGCUUUUUUCUCUGGGCAGGGGGUGGGUGGUGAUGUCACAGAGCAGGGAAGAGGUGUGGCAGUGAUGUCACGUGAGUUUGGCUAUGACACAGUUAUUGGAAGAUCACUGCGUUAAUCUUAGUGAGUCCUGCCCAGUUUUCCCAAUUUGGGAAACCGGACAGGAGGUUUUGACCUGGACAGCCCUUCCGAAAACCUGUCCAGGUCAAGACCAGACAGGUGGCAACCCUAUUUUUAGAUGUAGUUGGGGGCUAUGAUAAACACAUGCUACCUAUAUCCUGUAUGGAGCAAAUAGAUACAGGGGUUUCACAUGUAUUGUAAAAACAGAGGCCAGUCAUACAGAAUCAUUACAGGGGGCUUAGCCACAGCAGGGAAAAUUCUUCUGUUAAAAAAAUGUCUAAUCAGCACUUUAUUGCUAAUAACAUCAUAAUUAGUCUCAGGGCUACCACUGGGGGUCAGUGACCCCGGGGGGGAGGGUUGGGUCUUAGGGGGACUUGGCCGUGCUGCACUAACUUGAUUUGCUCGGCCCCCUUCUGUCACAGAGCUGCAGACUUCAGAAAGGAGGGUGGAAGCUUGGGGUGCCUGCAUCUUCUUUUCCCUAACAGCUUUCCGUACUUCUCAUCUGUCAAAGUUCAAGUUCCGAUAAAGCUGUAUGGGGAUUGGAUGGGCUGGAAUGGAAGUUCAAUCUUCUCCCAUCCAAUUCCAAACAUAAACUUCAGUGACAAACCUGUGUAGGGGAAUGAACAUACAGGUACCGUAGCUCCUGCCCUCCCUUCCCAAGUCUGUAGCUCACUGAAAGCAGGGGGGGCUAGCAAAUCAAGUAAGUGCAGCACUGCAGGGCCCCCAUAAAGGUCACUUUUUACUAAAAAAUUGUUUCCCCCACCAGAGGUGUAUGCCAGAAACUGGAAAGGAGUUUUUUGGUGUGGGUGGCCAUGUUUGACACACGUAUGCUCAUAAUGAGUGAGUCUCCUGGUUUGAUCAUUAUGAGAAAGCCUUUGAUGUAAGCUCCUAUGUCACGCACAUGGGCAUAAUGAGCAAGCUAGGAGACUCACUCAUUAUGAGCAUACGCUCUAUACAACAUGGCUGCUUGCAUUGGGAGCCAGUGUGGCCAGCCUACUGCUUGCAGGGGCACAGGUGCCCUUAUAAUUAUUUAGCACAUAUACUGUGAUUUCUGAUGGCAGCCCUGGUGUACACUUAAGACCAAUGUAUGAGUAAAACAGGCCAUGGAUUGUUUCCAAACUGCUUUAUAUUUAAUACACCAAAAAAGCAAGUUUCUGCUUCAAAUAAUUCUGCCCUGAAUUGCUGCCUAUACAAAACAAGGUUGUUUGCAAGCUUAAUUUAGAUGGUUAGUUUUCGCUUAAGAAAUGUUUCAGUACAUGUAUUCUUAAGGAAAAAGCAACUGAUGCAAAAAUGAUAGAAGGAAGUUGUAGAACUGAGACUUUCCUUGUGGACUUUUUCCUCUCUGUUUAUAUUGUCUGUGACCUUCAUUUGAAACAGCUGAUAAAUAGACAGCAGUUUUACUUUGCUGAGGCAAAUGACUUUGGUGGUACUUGUAGUUAUUUUUUUAUUAUUAAUAUUAUUACUGUAAUAAUUAUGGUGUAUUUAGGUCUCUAUUUGUAAUUCUAUUUGCCAACAAUGAUCGCACUAUGUGGGCCUUUGUAUUGAUAAAAAAAUCAACUUUUUGUAAAGUAUUCAAAACUAGCACUUUUUGGUCUUUUUUUGUAUAAAAUAUACAUUUUAUUAAAAAAUUAGUGCUGCUACAACA